AUGAUCUACAACAAUGUCACAAGGAUGAGAAGCUUCCUCAUCCUUGGAUUCCCUGGACUUUCUCCACAGUAUUAUGGACCUGUGUCAGCUCUGCUUUUUUUCAUCUACCUAACUAUUGCAAUAGGGAAUAUUUUCAUUUUAGCAUUUGUGGUCUAUGAAAAGUCCCUGCAAAAACCAACAUAUCUGGUCUUUUGUCACCUGGCACUGAAUGACUUAACAUUUGGCACCGUGACUCUCCCAAAGGUCAUAUCAAAAUACUGGUUUGGUGAUGGCAUGAUUUCAUUUUAUGGGUGUUUUACACAGAUGUUCUUUGUCCACUAUUUAGGAUCAGUAACUUCUUUCAUCUUAUUGGUCAUGGCUGUUGAUCGAUUUAUUGCAAUAUGUAUUCCACUGCGUUAUCCUGUUCUAAUCACCAACAACAGUAUAUCCAUGCUCUGUGGAUUUGCUUGGUUCAUACCUGUGUCUUUGAUGGUGACCAUUGUACUCCAUGCCCUCACUUUACCGUUUUGUAAAUCAAAUGUCAUUGCUCAAUGCUACUGUGACCACAUUUCUAUUACAAGUCAGGCAUGUGGUGAGGAUGUUAAAAUUGUACAGGUCACUACUCUCUGUAUGGCUAUGUUUUGUCUCUUACUUCCUCUUGCAUUCAUCUUGUGUUCUUAUGUUUCCAUUAUUGUGGUUAUUUUGAAAAUGUCAAAUGCUGCUGGGCGCAAAAAAACCUUAUCAACUUGUACCCCACAAAUAUUCAUCACAUGUCUUUUUUACCUUCCCAGAUGUUUUGUUUAUGUAGCUAAUACUGUUGGAUAUUCUUUCAGUUUAGAUGUUCGCAUUUUAUUGAUAUUAUUGUACAGCCUUUUUCCUGCUGCUGUUAAUCCAAUGAUAUAUUGUUUCAAAACUCAGGAUAUCAAGCAGACUUUGAUAAAGAAGCUGAAAAUAACUAAGAUUGGAAUAGAGAUAAAACUUUCGGUCUAA